AUGACAAUACAACGAAGAAGGCUGCUUGAAUCAACAAAUGCUUCACCACUUAAAGACGAUAAUUUAAACCUUACAAUAAAUCAAAAGACUUCUGUUGUCGACACACCACAUGAUAAUUUGCACUACGUUUUUGAAACGGGACGGUUUCACUUACUGAGUUUCGAUUUACGAAGAUCCGUUCAAGAGCUUCUAGAUGUUUUAUGUUCAAAAGUUAAUGGGGCUGGUUGUUCUAAAAGUUGCCCAACUCUCUUCCUUGCUGAAUGCGUACUUGUUUAUAUGUCUCCAGAGGCAAGCUGUCAGUUAAUAAAGGGUCUUUCGGUAAACUUCCCACGUGCUUCAUUCCUGCAUUAUGAACAGGUUAAUAUGAGCGAUUCAUUUGGUUCUAUUAUGAUCAAAAAUUUUCGUGCUCGUUCCUGUGAGCUUCCUGGUCUUAAUGCAUGUCAUUCACUGGCUACUCAAGAAGAACGAUUUUUUAAGGCUGGUUGGAAAAAAGCCAAAGGAUGGACUAUAAAUCAAGUUUAUAAGAUGUUACCUUCCAGCACUCGAUACAGAGUAGAACAUUUGGAACUGUUGGAUGACCUUGAAGUGACAAUGCAGUUGUUUGAUCAUUAUUGUAUUCUCCUGGCAACUAAUGAUGAAAUAAUCUGCCCAGAUGAACAGUUGAAAGAAUCAUUAGCCACUAUUGAAUAG